CGUAAAUAUCUUUGCUUGCGCCCGAGAACAGACUGAAGCAGAUAUAUUGCGAGUUUAAGGGGAUUUUACGCAAUUAUGAGCGGGCUACCCCGUGAAAUAUUGAAAUGGAUACAAAGCUUGGACCUCUCACAUCCCGUAAGAAAUACUAGAAGAGAUUUCUCAAAUGGAUAUCUCGUAGCAGAGAUUUUCUCUUGGUAUUUUCCACAAGAAAUUGAGAUGCACUCCUACGAUAAUGGCACAUCACUGCCUUGUAGACAAGGGAAUUGGUCUCAACUACAAAGGUUUUUUCAACGUCAUGAAUUUGACAUUCCUAAAGAGGUAAUAGAGGGAACAAUUCAUUGCAAGCCUAAUGCUGCAGCUUUGUUAAUGGAGAAGAUAUACUUCCUGUUGACAAACAGAAAAAUCAAGAGUGCACCAGUAGAAGAUGAAUAUAACUUUACUGAUAGCAACUACCAAGAACAGCUUCCAGCUCAUGCAAGAUCUACAGCUUCAAUGGCCAUCAAAAAUAAUAUUGCAAAUACAGAGUUGUCAACUGAUCCAGAUCGCAUUCUCUGUCAACAAAAGGCCCAAGCUAUAAUUAAUGAUCACUUGGAGCAUAGAAGACAGGAAAGAGUUGAAGAUCCCCGUCGUUUUGGUAUUCGCCCAACACUUGGCCAGCGGUGUCCCAGGAAAGUUCCCCCAUCAAACUACAAUGAAUCACUACAAAGACCCCAGAGGCAUACAAAAGGACACAAAAUAGAGGGCAAUCCUGAUGAAAAUCAACCAGCAAAAUACACAGAAAUACAAGUAAACCAAGUGACAGACACAAGUGAAGGAUUUCUCCCUCCAAUAAAAACUACUGGAAUGUACUCAAUGGUGCACUGAGGAUGGCAAUCAUGAAAACAAAAAAAAUUUAUCAGAAAUCCCUAUAAAUAUUCUUUGAUGAGAGAGUCUCAUCAUUAACGAGUUUUCAAUAGCCUAUUUCUCUUUAGGUUCUUCAACCUUUUCUCCCCUAAGAUCUAAAUAUCUCUGACAUACAUUUCAUAAUUCAGCUCUGAGGAUUGUGAAAAACUAGUGUAAUACUUUCCUUUCUUCUUGUCACCUUUCUGCUUGACAACGUAGUGCUAUGUAAGGGAGAAAGUAGUCAUUCACAACAUUGUUUUGGAGAAAAAGAUUGGUUCUUGAUGUCACAGAUGAAGUCCUUUGAUAACUCCAGCGUUGCUUAGUAAAUUUUGAUACCUGAUUUACCUUUCAAUCAAAUGCAUUCCAAUACUCAAUUUGUUCAAGAAAACAUCAGAUAAAGAUUAA